UCGGUAUAUAAAUAUAAUUUUCAGAGAAGAGUUUUAGAGAGAGAAGAAAGCUUUAUAGAGAGAGAUAUAUUUAUAUGAACCACCUCCAAUUCUAGACAGAGAAAGCUCCAUUUUUCUAGAGAGAGAAAGCUCGUGUUAGCUCUCUCUCGCUGUAAUCGAUUCAUAAGAUCUAGAGAUAUAUUUGGUGAAAAUUGCGCUCUAGGAAAUUAAAACGGGGUGAUUAAACGAUGUCGUCUCUCAGUAGAGAGCUGGUGUUCUUGAUCUUACAGUUUCUUGAUGAGGAAAAGUUCAAAGAAACUGUUCACAAGCUUGAGCAGGAGUCUGGCUUUUUCUUUAAUAUGAAAUAUUUUGAGGAUGAGGUGCAUAAUGGUAACUGGGAUGAGGUUGAGAAGUACCUUUCUGGUUUCACUAAAGUGGAUGAUAAUCGUUACUCGAUGAAAAUCUUUUUUGAGAUAAGGAAACAGAAAUACCUUGAGGCCUUGGAUAAGCAUGACCGGUCGAAGGCUGUGGAGAUACUAGUGAAAGAUUUAAAGGUUUUUGCUACAUUUAAUGAGGAGCUUUUUAAGGAGAUUACUCAGCUGUUAACACUGGAGAAUUUUAGGGAGAAUGAGCAAUUGUCAAAAUAUGGAGAUACCAAGUCUGCAAGAGCAAUCAUGCUGGUUGAGCUCAAGAAACUUAUCGAAGCCAAUCCAUUGUUCCGUGACAAGUUGCAGUUCCCUCACCUUAAGAAUUCAAGGUUACGAACUCUCAUCAAUCAAAGCUUGAAUUGGCAGCACCAACUUUGUAAAAACCCAAGGCCAAAUCCUGAUAUAAAAACUCUGUUUGUUGAUCACUCAUGUGGACAACCAAACGGUGCACGGGCUCCAUCACCUGCAAACAAUCCAUUGCUUGGGGCCUUACCCAAAGCUGGGGGUUUUCCUCCCCUAGGGGCACAUGGGCCAUUUCAACCUACACCAGCACCAGUUCCAACACCCCUUGCAGGUUGGAUGUCUAAUCCUUCCACAGUUACUCAUCCAGCAGUUUCUGGAGGAGGAGCUAUUGGUCUUGGUGCUCCAUCUAUGCCAGCUGCUUUAAAGCACCCCAGAACUCCUCCAACUAACUCUUCUGUGGAUUACCCACCAGGGGAAGCUGAUCAUGUUUCCAAAAGAACAAGACCAAUGGGAAUAUCUGAUGAGGUAAAUCUGCCUGUUAACGUUUUGCCAGUAACAUUUCCAGGUCACAGUCAUAGUCAGGCUUUUAAUGCACCUGAAGACUUGCCAAAGACUGUCACAAGGACGUUGAAUCAGGGAUCAUCUCCUAUGAGCAUGGACUUCCAUCCUGUACAACAGACACUUCUUUUAGUUGGAACCAAUGUGGGGGACAUAGGAUUGUGGAAUGUUGGUUCCAAGGACCGGCUGGUUUUGAGAAACUUUAAAGUUUGGGAUCUUAGUGCAUGUACGAUGCCUCUCCAGGCUGCUCUUGUCAAAGAUCCUGGUGUGUCUGUUAACCGUGUCAUAUGGAGCCCUGAUGGUUCUUUAUUUGGUGUGGCAUACUCAAGGCACCUUGUUCAAAUAUGUUCAUAUAAUGAGGGAGAUGAAGUUCGACAGCACUUGGAGAUUGAUGCUCAUGUUGGUGGAGUCAAUGAUCUUGCUUUUUCUCACCCAAAUAAGCAACUUUGUGUGAUUACCUGUGGUGAUGACAAGACCAUCAAGGUGUGGGAUGCUGCUACUGGUGCAAAACAAUAUAUAUUUGAAGGUCAUGAGGCUCCUGUCUAUUCUGUCUGCCCUCAUCAUAAGGAAAACAUUCAGUUCAUCUUUUCAACAGCUCUUGAUGGAAAGAUAAAAGCUUGGUUGUAUGAUAAUUUGGGAUCUCGUGUUGAUUAUGAUGCUCCUGGCCGUUGGUGUACAACAAUGGCUUACAGUGCUGAUGGCACAAGGCUCUUUUCGUGUGGGACAAGUAAAGAUGGGGAGUCUUAUAUCGUUGAAUGGAAUGAAAGUGAAGGAGCUGUGAGAAGGACCUAUCAAGGAUUCCGCAAGCGAUCUCUGGGUGUUGUGCAAUUUGACACCACUAAAAACCGAUUUUUGGCCGCUGGCGAUGAUUUCUCCAUUAAAUUCUGGGAUAUGGACAAUGUUCAACUUUUGACAAGCAUUGAUGCUGAUGGAGGCCUUCCAGCUAGUCCACGUAUCCGCUUUAACAAGGAUGGCAGUCUCUUGGCUGUUUCUGCCAAUGAGAACGGAAUUAAGAUUUUGGCAAAUUCAGAUGGCAUGCGGUUACUGCGUACUUUUGAGAAUCUUUCUUAUGAUGCGUCGCGAACAUCUGAAGCCUCAAAGCCUGCGAUAAACACAAUCUCAGCUGCUGCUGCAGCAGCAGCUGCCACUAGUGCUGGAGGGGCGUCAGUGGUUGCUAUUCCUGGAAUGAAUGGGGAUGCUCGGAGCUUGGCAGAUGUGAAGCCUAGAAUAGUUGAAGAAUCUAAUGACAAAUCAAAGAUUUGGAAGCUUACGGAAAUCAGUGAACCAUCUCAGUGUCGAACUUUGAGACUUCCUGAAAAUUUGAGGGCAACCAAGAUAUCAAGGUUAAUCUUUACAAAUUCAGGGAAUGCCAUCUUGGCAUUAGCAUCAAAUGCUAUUCACCUGCUCUGGAAGUGGCAGCGAAGUGAUCGUAAUUCAACUGGCAAGGCAACUGCCAGUGUGCCACCUCAACUAUGGCAACCACCAAGUGGCAUUCUUAUGACCAACGAAGUUUCAGACUCAAACACUGAAGAGGCUGUUUGUUGCUUUGCUUUGUCCAAGAAUGAUUCUUAUGUAAUGUCUGCAUCUGGUGGAAAGAUCUCCCUCUUCAAUAUGAUGACAUUUAAGACAAUGGCAACUUUCAUGCCACCACCACCUGCAGCAACAUUUCUUGCCUUUCAUCCUCAAGAUAACAAUAUUAUUGCUAUUGGCAUGGAUGAUUCAUCAAUUCAGAUAUAUAAUGUCCGUGUAGAUGAGGUUAAAAGCAAGCUUAAAGGCCAUUCCAAAAAAGUAACUGGCCUUGCCUUUUCUCAUGUACUGAAUGUGCUAGUUUCAUCUGGAGCGGAUGCUCAGCUUUGUGUAUGGAGCUCCGAUGGAUGGGAAAAGCAAAAGAACAGAUUCUUGCAAAUUCCAGCUGGGAGAACACCGACAGCUCUAUCAGAUACACGUGUACAGUUUCAUCAAGACCAGAUACACUUCCUGGUUGUACAUGAGACACAGCUUGCAAUAUUUGAAACAACAAAACUAGAAUGUGUGAAGCAGUGGGUCCCACGGGAGUCUUCUGCCCCAAUCAGUCACGCAACAUUCUCAUGUGAUAGCCAGCUGGUAUAUGCUUGCUUCUUGGAUGCAACUGUCUGUGUGUUUAGUGCUUCAAAUCUCAGAUUGCGUUGUCGUGUCAAUCCAUCUGCAUAUCUUCCUGCUAGUGUCAGUAGUUCCAGUGUCCACCCGCUUGUGAUUGCUGCGCAUCCACAAGAACCAAAUCAGUUUGCUUUGGGACUAUCGGAUGGUGGAGUUCAUGUCUUUGAGCCCCUUGAAUCUGAAGGAAAAUGGGGCAUUCCUCCUCCUGUUGAGAACGGGUCAACGAGUAGUGUACCAGCGACACCCUCAGUUGGAGCUUCAGGUUCAGAUCAAGCCCAGAGAUGAUGAAACAGCUGGUCGAGCACAAGUCCUUUUACAUGCUUGGCUUGCUGGCCCUUUUCUAAUUUAGUUUGAGGUUCGAGACGUGUAAUUUACUCAAAGAACAACAUGCAAAAAUGUAGAUUUAACAUGUUUUUAUCAGGAUACUGUGUAAGGUAAAUGCUGUAGAAGAUUUGAUAGUGAAAUGUUUUUCCUUUUAGAAAAGAACAUAAAGGUUGGAAUUGCAUUGUUUAGAAAUUA